CUCCAUGGUAACGCAGCUGCCGCCAUAAGCUAAGCUCGGUUUGUUUUCGGUAGCGGGGAGUAGAAAUACGCUCUUUUUCUACUAUAAACGAUAAAAAUGAAGAAUUUGACUUAAGUUUUUCUGCCGGCGUCGAUAUUUAUGAUUAAUUUAUGAAAAUACGGGACCUCACAGACACGAGAUGUGAUCCUCGUGACAGUCAAACAUGUCUUCUCAGACAGAGACAAUGCAGGUGCUGAAUAUCUGGGAGCUUGCCAUCCCCCUCCCAGCAGUGCUGAUGAUUACUGUGGGUUUUUACAUGAUCGUCCUGGGGAUUGGCCUGUGGAUCCGAUUCUGCCUCAAGGACCAGUGUUCUCCAGAGUGUGGUGAUUGCUGUCCGAAUGUUUCUAUAUGUGAGCAGUGCUUUAGACUGGCUGAGAUGUGUGACUGUCGCCUGCCGACCAUGCGCUCAUGUCUGAACUAUUCUUGUCCUUCUCCUAAUUGUGUCCAGUGGGACUGUGCCUGCACCUGUCAGCCUCCUGAGUGUGACUCCUGCAACUGUCUGUGCUUCGAGAUCAGGAUCAAGUAGAAGUCGAGGAUGGAGGUACACUAAUGCCACCGUCAGCUGAUUGACCCUCAGUCCUAUUACAGUUUUACGUCUUUACAGUGGAGAGGUGACAGGAAGAGAGGGAGGAGAGAGAUGGAGAAUGACUUACCGCUCUUUGACUUCUUCAUUUGAUCUUUUACUCUAAAGAAUGUUGUUGUGUCACUGCCAUUAGAUGGCAAUCUGCUUUUUGACUGUGUUUACAUGCUGAACAUGCUCCUCCUGUGUUUACUGUACACCAGUGUGAUCAGACUGAAACCAGGACCUGGUUUUGGUUGAUCUGAAAGUGCCUUUUGUAUAGUUUAGUUUGAGAAUAGUUCAUUAAGUUAAAUCUUGAGGCUGGUGUUAUUAAAUAUUCUUCUCAUUGAUAACACAUCCUAAACCAGCCGUGUGUUAGUGCGUCUCAUCUGUGGUGAGUAUCUCUGGUCUUUGUAUCACCAGACUGACACUUUAAUGUCAGAGAAUGUUGUACAUGUGAAAAUGACUGAAGUAGCUUUGUGCUGUUAUUUUAUACACUGUGGUUUUAUUAAAUCCUGAAAUGUUUUUAAAAU